UCCCGGUGUGGUGGAAACCAGGCCAGCUCCUCUGGGUGCUUGGGCUACCUCCCAAAAUGAGGGACCUGUUUUCCACCCGGAAUCAGGCCUACUGGACGGAGCUCAUUGAGAAGGAAGCUUACAGUCGGGUCCACUGGAGGAAUAAGUUUGCCCAUAAGUACCAACGAGUUCCCGGCCCCCAGAAGCCGCAGCAGCCCCCCUGCCCGUGUCCGGCUCCGGAACCACGCCUGCUGCCUCCCAUCAGCCCCACCAGGCCGGAGUGCCCUGGGACCAGCAGCUCCCCAAGAGAAGGAGGCAGUGUCCAGGCUCCCCAGAAAGAAGACCGGAAGGGGAAGGGGGAAGAAGCCAAGGCCGAGGCCUUCCUGCCCGAGAUGAGACCUGUCACCCCUAAGACGGGGCAGCUGCUGUAUCAGGGCAUCUCGGGAGAGGGACAAGGGAGGCGCCUGUACCUGCAGACGCGCUGGCAGCAGAAGCCGGAGGACAAGUUUCGGUAUCCGGUCUUGUCGUCCUGGGACUACGGCUGGGCCAUAGGGGAUGCGAUGAAGAAUGCCAAGGCUCCAGUUCACGCCAGAUCCCGACUUAUCAGGGACACUUUUUACUUCCGCAAUGGGGUCUUUUACCAACCAUCCAGGUCUGACCAGCGUCUCUAAGUUCCAGAAGGAAAGAAGGCCACUUGGGGCUCAUCCUUCAGACCGGUCGAAGCCUCGCCCAGUUAUUCUUGAGUUUCUUCCCCCACAGCUCUGGUUCCGGCAAAAAACCAAACCCACAAAACACCCAAGUAAUUGUGAGUUCUCCGUAUGAUUGCUCCUGAUCUCCUGGUCCUGAUUUGUGUUAACACUGAAUCCAGGCCUGUCUCUCUCACUUAAUCUGUUUAUCAUCAAACCAAUGGCCAAGGAUUGUCAGUUCUCGUUUGUUUUGUUACCCAAUGCAAACAUUUGGAAGCCCUCCUCAAAGCCAGGCCAGAGCUGGAAGCCUCUACAGGGGCACCCCUCCUCCCCUGCCUGACCUUUCACACAAAAACAGCCUCGCCAAAGGUUCCUCCAGACCCAAAAGAUUAAAGACCAAAUCCUUUCCUUAAACCGGGAGGAUGGAAAACAGUUCAUUGCUUCAACAAGUCUGUAGUAAACAAGAUCUAGUUUGCUAAAGUAAUUUUUUUUUUUUGCAUUGGAUUUUCUUUUUCUUUUUUCCUUUAUGUUUUGUAUCAAAUUUUCUGCAGGACGUUCCUUUUUGGGCCUCAAUAGGGGAAGCUAUCGGAGACUUUGGAAAGACUUUUAGUCAAAAAAUCCUUUCUGAUUUUCUUGGUCUAGCCUUUAUUCCAACAGGCUUUCAUUAUACUAUAUUAUGUCCCCUUAUCCUGCUGGUACUCCUUCCCUUUUCUAUAAUCUUCUAGACCUACAACUUCCUGAUUAGCAAAUUAAGUUCUAGGGAGGAGAAAUAAUGGCCAAUGUCUCACAGAUUGUAAGCAUCAAAGAUAGGAUUCGAAACAAGGUCCUUUGACACUAGAUCCAGAAUUCUUUUCACUGGAGGAUGUGAACAGGUCUUCCCUGUGCUUCUGUGGCUUCACCUAUAAAAGGAAGCCUGGGGUUGGACUAAGAAACUCCCUGGAUUCCUUCUAACUAGGUCCCUGAGACCAGGAUUCUGUAAUGUCUUGCCAAGCUGUCCUCCUUUAUGUAAUGAUGGUAACACUUUAGAAUAGUGAGUGAUGGGAUACAGCUUCUAGGGGAAAUAUAGCAGUAAUCCUGAGGUCCCUGGAUCUUAGAGUGCUAUUGUUCUAACAAUCUGUCUGUUGAUGAUUUUAAAGUCUCCUGACCUUAAGAAUAUAAUAAUAUAAUUAUAUAUUUCUUCCCCUAGAUUUUAGGGAAGAUAUAGCAGUAAUCCUGAGGCCCUCUAUCUUAGAGUGCUAUUUUUCUAUCAAUCUGCCUAUCGAUUCUAAAGUCUCUUGGCCUUAAGAAUACUAUAAUAGAAUCCUACACAAAUUGCUGACUGACAGUCUGUUGGUCAGUAAUAAUCAAGUUCCUGAGACCAUAGUGAAUAGACCACCCCUCAAACCUACCUGUAAACCAAAAAUUAGCAAAUAAGUAAUAUGAAGCUCUGAUCUCUCUUCCUUUGUCCUAUAAAUUUAUCUUCUUAUUCUUGGUUCUCUACUAAAUCCUUUUUGGAACUUAGUCCACUUCAACUGGCAUUACAAUUGUGGUGUCUUUCUCCUUCCCCUUCCCUUUCCCCCAUGCCAUGUGGUAUCUCCCUUGAGAUUUCCACUAUGC